CACUUCUUUGAUACUCUUUGAUACUUUGAGUUCUGCAUCGAUACAAUCUCUGAUUUAUGAUUGCGAGUAUUGCAAAAUACCAAAUCAAACAUCGCAGAACCACUGACAACAUCCUGGUAUCAAUGUUGUUAUAGAUUUUACUGGAAUCAUAUCACAUCAUUUAAAUAUCUGGUAUCAAGAUAACCUUAGUCUGCGUGAUAUUUUAUACAGCGUUUUUUUAAUCUUGUAAUGUGAACAGUGUUUGACCAGGAAUUACAUUUAACCUCUAAAACAGAAAUCAGGAGAAGAAAACGACCGAGCGGAGGUUAUAAUUCCCAGUCUUCAUGAGUUUAUAUCAUGUUUGUGACGUGACAAAAAAGUUUGAUCAGAUUUUAAACAUCUAUUUUCUCAAAGAAAUACAAAAAAACCUGUCAUUUAAUCUUAAGGGGGACAUAUUAUAAAAAAUCUACUUCUACAGUGUGUUUGAACAUAUAUUUGGAUAACCUGAGUGUCUACAGACCCACAAAAUGUGAAAUAAACCCAUCUAGUCCUUUGUUUGUGGUGCUUGAUUCAUGUUAUAUUUUGACCAAAGCACAGCACAGAUGUUUCAUUUAGACCACAGGGGACUGUUUGAAAAGGUGGGAAAUGCGGAUAAUAUGUCCUCUUUAACAAAGCUGACAUCUGUAUCAGCUAAUCAAGAGUUAAAUUUCACAUCUUUAUGGAAAUAUCAGAUUUGCAGAGUGCAGCCUCGAGCAGGCAGUCUGCCAGACGUUGAGAUUAAAAACCAAAAGCAGAAGUUUUAAACGAGGCCUCUCGAUUCUGAAACAACCUGCAGGAGGAGGGCAUGUGCGGUCUUUAGGUCACGUAUUUACACUUCUUCAGCGAAAGAAAGCGUUUAAAAUACUUCUCAUGAGGGAAAAUACUGGAAGAAAUAAAUAAACUUAAAUUCUCUAUAACUCACAAUGACGCAGAGGAACGCACUUCCUGCCAAAUGUCUGAAAUAAUCACUGAGUUGCUUCACACGGUGGAGCAGGAAGGGUUUAAAAAUCGUGUAAUAACUCAGAUUUCUACAAGCUGGCAACUCCAAAAACAUGAAGCAAAGUCAUAAACCUGAAAUGAUUCUUUUAGUACAUCACUUUUACAACAUUAUCUCUGACAUACUUCCAUAUUCAGGCCCAUGUUUGAGAGAGUUUAAUUACUGCUUGUAUUGCCCCCCCCGUGUGAAUGAGAGGAGGAAUCUUCAGACUUAGGACUUUGAGUUUUUAUUGAUCAUAAAGCGUCAUUGGGAUCCUGAUUAGCUCUCAAAUCUGCUGUCACUAAGUCCGCCAGAGCUGAGAAAACUACAGUUCUACAAAUCCACAAAUCUCAAACCUCUUAAAAAAACAGGCCAGUUUAAAAGUGGUACUCUCAUCUUGACAGUUUAUUAUUACUGGUAUUUUAAGUAACACAGGAAGAACAGUUGCAGAAGAAAGGGUGCGCUGAAGUUGCCGUUGUUGGGAAACUUUUUUUCUCUUCUUCAGCUUCACAGAUGGGAAGCUGCAGCCGGGACUCGCCAUCCUCCCUCAGGAGACAACGAUAUGUCAGCUGGUGUGUGGACCCUGCAGAGACGGGUUCUUCAGGAGAAAUUCCUCUCCAAAACCAUCUUAUGGCUUUUUCAGGAUCAGUCCCACGUCUCCUCCUGACUCCAGCAGACACCAGAGAAGCGUCUCCACAUCAACACACACACCUGACUGUAACAAAGAGGACACACAAAGAGGUCUUCACACUCUCACGCCACUCCCUGGUAGACGCUGACUUGCUCGACAUUGACCGAUCGUCUUAUAGUCACUCUGAUGAUGAAGGAAUGAAAGGACACGAGGAUGACUCGUCUCCUCGACAUCCAGAGGACCAAAGCUUCCUACUCCUCCUCCGCAGGAGCAGUCCGGUCAUCUCCAGACGACAACGACCCGUCUCCUGGCAAGGAGGAGGCACAGAUAGCUUCAAUCCAUCGAGACCGGACUCUCUGGAUCAGCGUCAGCCCGCGUCGGUCACCACUUUGGAUGAUCUGGACCUUCACUCGUCCUCACGCUGUGUUUCUGUCUCAUCAAACCUGAGCGAUGAACCUCGCCUUCGCUUCAGUGGACAGCAGGGAUUGGCUGAGGAGCACAGAGGGCGGGGCCUCCUCAGAUGUCAACCCCCUCACUCAUCAGCCCAUGUCAGCAGACAGAGAAGGAGCCGUGGUGUCCCAGAAUUCUCUGCAGACCUCUUAAAGACCCACACUGAGCUGGAGAAGGAGAAUGCUCAUUUCAUCGUAGUGGACAUGGUGCUGGAGGUGCUGGAGGGAGCGAAGUGGACGUUAAUGAUGGACACACACCAGAACACACAACAACACACACUCUGCCCGGCCUGCACACAACAACACACACACUGUCAGACCUGCACACAACAACACACAAGCUCUUCAGAGGAUGAAACACCUCUCGAACAGACACAGAGCUCACACCACAGAAACACUGUUCGAGAGAUUCUCGCGCACACACACUCCGAUAAAAACAUGCAGACAUCCCAUAGAAACACACACUCCUCCUACGCACACACACACAAACACACACAGGAGGAAGAGGAGGGAGUGGCGUAUGAAGAGGCUAAACAUCAACCAAAGACUUUCUCCAUCCUCUCCAACGACAGUGGCUUUGAAGACUGUGGAGCUGACUCUCUGACCACACAAAGAGAUUCUCUCAGAAAUGCAGAGGCUCUGGCUCAGCAGCUGGUGCUGGAGUUCAGGAGGAGCUGGCUUCCUUCAGACGGUCCCAGACGAGGACGGCAGAGCCUGCGGAGCUCCCUGCUGGAGUUACCUGGUGGAGCAUGUGUGACGGUGGUCAGCAGCGGCCUGGCGGAGGAGAUCAGACUGAGAACGAGGAUGAGAGGAUGUCUGAGCUGGGCUCCACCUCGAGUCCAGAUCAUCUACACGGUGCAGCCGAACCACAGACGCAGUGACGUUGUCGCUCAGCAGAACUUUCUUUGUGCGGGUUGUGGAACAGAAUUAGAGCACAAGUACAUAAAGAAACUGCGGUACUGUGAAUACCUGGGCAGGUACUUCUGUGACUGCUGCCACAGUGGCUCUGAGGCUGUGAUUCCUGCACGGGUUCUGACCCACUGGGACUUCAGCAGGUUCCCUGUGAGUGAUUUCUCCAAACAGCUGCUGGACUCAGUUUGGUUUCAGCCGCUGUUCGAUCUGAGCUGUGUGGGUAAAAAACUCUACGGCCGAGUGAAGGAGCUCCGCAGGUUCAGGGAGCUCCAGGAUCAGCUGCUUUGCAUCAAGAAGCUGCUGAAGGCCUGCAGAUUAUCCAAACGGGUGAUGACAGAGUUUGAACAGCUUCCUGCCCACCUGACUGAGCAGCCUCACCUGUUCUCCAUGGACGACCUGCUGAGAGUGAAGAAGGGUCAGCUCGUGUCUCAGGCCCAGGCCGUGCUGAACUCUGCCAUCGGUCAUGUAGAAAACUGUCAGCUGUGUCUGGCCCGAGGUUUCAUCUGUGAGUUCUGCAGAGAAAAAGACGUCAUCUUCCCUUUUCAGACCGACAUGUGUAGGCGCUGUCCAGUGUGCAGGGCCUGCUUUCACAAACGUUGUUUUGUGGAGAAGAAGUGUCCAAAAUGCGCUCGGAUCCAAUCACGGAAAAAACGUAUGGACAGAUAGAUGAAGAGUGACCUAUUACCAGCUGCAGCAGUUGCACCUUCAUCAUUACACAGACCACAAAUUCAGU